CAAAAACCUAUGAGAAUGUUGUGUACUACACGUUUCCCCUUGCUUUACCUUUUCAUUUUUCUUUGCUUGUCUUCUACUUUCACACAAAGGGUUGCAGCCAAAAACAUGAUAAGGUGUGUUGAGAGGGAGAGGCAAGCUCUUCUGGACUUCAAGCAUGGCCUUGUGGAUGACUAUGGCAUUCUGUCUUCUUGGGGAAGUGGUGAAUGUUGUAAUUGGUGGGGUGUUCACUGCAACAACAACACUGGUCAUGUAACCAUGCUUGAUCUUCAUGCCCCCUUAAAUAUUUAUGGUGACCCACUUGAACAACUGAAAGUCCAGAAGGUUAGUCCAUCUAUACUUGAGCUGAAGCAUUUGAAUUAUUUGGAUCUCAGUUACAAUGAUUUUCAAGGGAAUCGUAUCCCCGAAUUCAUUGGUUCCUUUAAGAGAUUACGUGUUUUGAGUCUUAUGGAAGCCAAAUUCACUGGUACAAUUCCUCCCCAACUAGGGAACCUCACCAAUCUCCGGAUUCUAAAUAUCACAGGAUCCCAUUUGAAAAUCAAAAAUCUUGAGUGGCUCUCUCUUCUUUCUUCUCUAAGAAGCAUUGAUUUUAGUUAUGUUCACUUUGAUUCAACUGGGUGGCCAGAAACAAGUGUCAGCCUCUCCCGUUUUCUUGAGGUAUUACAAUUUUCAAAUUGUGGACUCUCUGGAGCUUUGCCUUUCUCGCUAAAUUCUUCUUCUUCUUCUCCAUUUCUUUCCGUCGUUGAUCUUUCUGAAAACAGUCUCACUUCUUCUUCUUCUGUAUUCCAUUUGUUGCAAAAUGCUAGCAAACAACUCACUAUCAUCGACCUAUCAAGAAAUAACUUUGUUGGUCCCAUCCCUGAUGCAUUUGGACACAUGAUAUAUCUUGAGCACCUUGAUCUCUUUGGAAAUUCUUUCACAAAUGGAAUUCCACAAUCUUUUCGGAAUUUAACUCAUCUGCAAAUUCUGUCUUUGGGUUAUAAUCAAUUAAAUGAACCAAUUGCUGAGCUUUUUGAAAAGUUGUCAGAAGGUGCUGCAAAGAAGUCACUACAAACCUUGGACUUGUCUAUGAAUAAACUCAUUGGUGGGCUCCCGACAGAUAUCAACACUAGAUUUCCAUCCUUGAGAGAAUUGAAAGCACAUGAAAACCAGCUAAAUGGAUCAUUUCCUCUCGGCUCUGGACUACCUUCAAGUCUAGAAUAUUUAGAUUUAUCUGGUAACAAAAUUAGAGGGUUGUUUCAAGACAUGAAGUGUUUUGGAGAAGAAUGUGAUCUUAUGUAUCUCAAUUUGUCCAACAAUCAAAUUACAGGACAAUUUCCAGAUAUAUUACAUUUUUCAUCCUUAAGAGCGGUAGAUCUCUCAAAAAAUCAAUUACAAGGGAGUUUACCAGAAACCAUAGGGAAGCUAUCAAAGCUCCAAACAUUGAAAGUCUCAUCAAACUCAUUGAAAGGAAUUGUAAUUGAAGCCCACUUUUCAAAUCUUACCAACCUUCAAGUGUUAGAUUUAUCCUUUAAUUUAGGGUUGUCUUUCAACUUGAGUGGCAAUUGGAUUCCUCCUUUUCAAUUACACAUAAUAUCAUUGGCAAACUGUAGAAUGGGGCCUCAAUUUCCAAAAUGGCUGCAAACUCAGAGUGAUGUAUUAAAACUUGAUAUUUCUUUUGGUGGUAUUUCAGAUAUAAUACCUGAUUGGUUUUGGAACUUCUCCAUGAGUUACCAUACCUUGAAUUUGUCAUACAACAAGAUUGGUGGGAGAUUUCCUUCUUUACCAAUCAACUUUUCUUUCCCUCGAGUUAUAGAUUUGAGUUCAAAUAACUUUAGCGGUACAAUAUCCAUACAUCCUCGAAGAGUUUCAUUACUUCAUCUUUCAAAUAAUAAAUUUGUUGGGUCAAUUUCUUUCUUGUGCUCAAUCACUCACGUGCAUACUUAUUCUAUUGACCUUUCAUAUAAUCAAUUUUCUGGUGAGAUUCCUGAUUGCUGGACUAAUAAUAGUCUUUCUAAUUUAUUGAUUCUCAACCUUAGAAAUAAUCAUUUCUUCGGGAAGAUUCCACCAUCUUUAGGCUCCCAAUCUAGCCUUCAGUCAUUGCACUUGGGAAAUAACAACCUUACUGGAGAACUGCCUUCUUCAUUGCAAAAUUGUACAUCAUUGAGAGUUAUGUGUGUUGGAGGAAAUAAGUUCAGAGGGAAAAUUCCAUCAUGGAUUGGGAAAUUUUUAACAAAUUUGGUCAUUGUUAGCCUUCGACAUAACAAGUUCUAUGGGAUAAUUCCUUCAAGUAUUUGCCAUCUCAAAAGUAUCCAUAUCUUGGAUCUUUCCGGAAACAAAUUGAUUGGGCAAAUUCCACAAUGCUUCAACAAUUUUACUUAUAUGAUGCAAACCAUAAGUUCAAUUGGAAGUACCAUACUGGAUCUUAAUGUCAGCAUAUUUAGUACAAGUGAUCUCUAUGUGGACAAAAUUAUGAUUCAAUGGAAAAACAAAGAGUGGGAAUAUGGGCAGAUAUUGCAAUUCUUAAAAAUCAUUGAUCUUUCAAAAAAUCAAUUGAUUGGAGAUAUUCCAAAAGAAUUUUCUGCUCUCAAAGGAUUAAUUUCUUUGAAUCUUUCAAAUAACCAUUUGACUGGAAAAAUCUUUCAGACAAUCUAUCAAAUGGAAAAUUUAGAGGUUCUUGAUUUGUCUAUGAAUCAACUCUCUGGUGAAAUUCCAAAAGGUCUUGCUCGUUUGAAUUUUCUUGCUGUGCUCAACUUGUCCAACAACUUCUUAUCCGGCAAAAUCCCAAUCGGCACACAACUGCAAACUUUCAAUGCUUCUUCCUAUGCCGGAAAUAUUGGAUUGUGUGGGGACCCACUUCCCAAAUGUUCCACAGGUAUUCCUCCACGUAGCGAAAACAAUGCCUAUCAAGGAGGUGAUAGUUUUCUGGAUCAAGGAUUUUACAUAUCCAUGGUGCUCGGAUUCUCUCUUAGCUUCUGGGGAAUAGUGAUUACGUUGAUGCUUAAAGACUCAUGGAGAUUAGCCUACUAUGGAUUCUUGAAUCAAGUCAAAGAUUGGGUCUACGUGAAAGUGAAGAUAUAUUUGGCUUGGCUACAACAAAAGAUUAGACGCAUAUGAUGAUAAGAGAUUGGGAAUUGAACAAUCUCUGGUGCAGCAGAGAAUUAAAGGAAGUGGAUGGAGUACUCUGAUCUGUUUGAAGAUCGAUCUGUGUUUGUUUCCUUCACCUUCUUUGGAGAGAAAAUUAAAGCUAAGCAUAUAUGUUUUUGUUUUUCCAACAAGUCUUAUGUAUGCAUGUCAUCAUUUGAAGUAGCAUACAUGUUUACUAAUUGCUAUGUUUGCUCUGCAAUUAAGUACAAUUUUCUGAAGAAACUGCUGUAAAUAUAUUUUAGAUGGCCAUUAUUAUAAAUAGGAUGAAGUGUAUUAUGUUUAUCCCACAUUGUAUCUGUACGUGUUUGCGGUUAUCGAAUGAAAAUGGCAGAUUUGAUCUUCUUCUCCAUCUUCUCUCUGCAUGAUGAUAGUGUACGAUUAUACAAGAUUCAACGAGGAUACACCCUAAUUCACAACA